GAAAGCAAAUCAGUUUCGUGUUGCAGUUCUUCAGCAAGUGUUUUACAAUGAAGUUUGCUUUCGCAGUUUUGAUCGCCAUCGUUGUGAGCUGUUCCGUUGGUGAGGCUAAAACGUUUACCAAGUGUGAGCUGAUCAAAGCGCUGUAUAACAGGGGUAUUUCGAAGAAAUUGUUGCCGGAUUGGGCCUGUCUCGUGCAGUGGGAAAGCUCAUACAGUACCACGGCGACUCACAAAAACACCGACGGUUCGACCGACUAUGGCAUCUUUCAGAUCAAUAACGCAUACUGGUGUGACUCGCACUAUGGAUCCAAUUUGUGCAAUAUACCGUGCCAAAAUCUGCUGACCGACGAUAUCUCAGAAGACAUUAAGUGUGCCAAGAUGGUUUACAGCCACCAUGGAUUCAACGCUUGGUACGGGUGGGUGGACCACUGCAGAGGAAAAGCAUUGCCUGACAUCCGCGAGUGCUUCUAGUGCGCGUUCUUGCCUGUCCUACUCGGUAAAAGUGCAUUGCUGCAGCCUGUCGUCAUCGGUUGUUGCAAAACCAUGCGGCAAUGACCAGCCAUCACAUUGAGCGAUACAUUCUUAACUACACCCCCGGUUGGAAAUAAUAACAACUUGCGCAAAUCGUA